CUUUAUUAACCUCUACGGUGGAGAGAGCUCUAUGCGGCUAUGCGAUUUAUGAUGCUAAUGUAUUUAUAUUCGUUAUAUCAGGUAAAUGAGAUUUUUAAAAAGGAUGAUUAAAGAUGUUUAAAAAGCAGGGAAGUCGGAAUUAACGUUAAUCUAUGUGACAGAUUUACUGUUUUAAAAAAAAUACUUGUUGAAAGUAACAGAGAUGGUGUAAGAAAAAUUGUGAAGUUAGGAAUAUAUUAACCACAUACUAUAACGAAGGUUAAAAGCGAUUCAACUUGAUAUAAAAACAAAACAAACAUGCAACAAAGACUCGUUACAGAAGACUCCCAUCCAAGCUCUAAACCUUGCGUAGUUUGUGGUAAAGGGAAACUUCUUGCUGUCGGUAUCUUCCUCAUCUUAUUGGGUGUACUUGCUGCGUCACUACUUGGUGUGUAUAGAUCCAAAGAAGACACAAAGAUACUCAGGGGUCGCUUUGGCAUUAUAUUUGAUGCUGGAGGUUCAGGAACACGAAUGGCAGUGUACGAAUACACGGAUAAUAAGAUGAAAGAAUUGGAAUAUAUCAAAUGCGAAGAUAACGGAUUAGCAAAAUUUGUUGGUCGUGAAAAUGAAAUCGCUGCACCACUAAACCGUUGUUUGGAAAAAGCUGAAAAGCAGGUUCCUUUGCAAGUUGAAGGUUCAACACCAAUUUACAUGUCAGGAACAGCUGGAAUGAGGCUUCUUAACGAAAGUAGCAGUAAAAACAUAUGGAAAACAGUUCGUGGGGUUUUAAAUAAUGGAAGUUUCCUUGUUAAAAUGGUUGGAACUUUACCAGGAAAAAAAGAAGCAGCUUACUCAUGGACAACUAUAAAUUCUUUACUUCAAACAAAGCAGAAUACUUCUGGCUUACUGGAGUUAGGCAGCACAUCCUUGCAAUUGUCUUUCGAGUCUCAUACACCUGCGGCUAUACCAUCUGCGCAUAAAGAUGAAGUAAAGUUUAACGGAAAGAAGUAUAAUAUAUAUGCACAUUCGUAUCUUUGUUUUGGCGCUACAGAGUUCAUAAAAAAAUAUAGAGCUUUUGUCAUAAAGGAAGCCAACUUUUCAUCAACAAUAGAAGAUCCGUGUUUAUUUCAAGGAUACAACGUCACAGUACAAUCCAGCAUAUGGAAAGAAGCAUGUGUGCGGAUGUUAGUUGAUGACAAAGCCAUGGCGGCGCACGGAACAACUUCGUACACGUUGGUUGGAACAAGCAAUUACACACAAUGUCUUAACACUAUCAAAAAGAUGCACAAUGAAAGCUUAUGUACUAAAGACGAGUGCAAAGAGAAUGAUUUUUUACAAGAACAUGCUGCAGGACUGUUUACAGCCAUUGGUGGGGGAGUAUAUUUCUCAUCGUCCUUCUUAAAUAUCCCACAACCAACCACUUUGACGAGCUACAUGAAUGCAACUAUGACGCUAUGUAGCUAUACAUUUCAACGUUUGAAAAAGAUGAAAUCUUUCACUGAUUUUGCAGUUAACUACUGUCUCAAUGACGUGUACAAUUACUAUAUCAUGAACGAUAUAUUGAAGUUGGGCGGAAAAGGAACUGUGCAAUUCAAACGAAAGAUAAAUGGCGAACGAUUAGUAUGGACAGUCGGCUCCAUGUUGAAUCAUGUUGAUGAAAUGUCGCCUGUUUUAGUGGAACGAUCAAGAAAAAUAUCAAGCUUGGUCUUCAAUCUAUUUAUAGUUGUCUCUGUCCUAUUUAUAGUAAUAGGCUUUGUUCUGAUAGUUCGAUCACGUGACUACUUUAGAAGAGAAUGGAGUAUCAACAAUUCUAACAACAACGUUAAUCCACAAUCAAUUAAUUUAUAGACAAUUGGAUAAAUUAUUGAUAAAAUAUUUGGAUAUUGUUAUGUUCUGGUCUACAGAACGUACAUGGGGAGAGAACCUUCACCGAGAUGUAUCAUAUUAAUACGCAAAGGAAGACGAGAAUCUCCUUGGAUGCUUCAACACAGAUACGACCCUUGCUGGUUGCCUAGUAACGACCCUUGCUGGUUGUUACUAGGGAGAUUAAAUCUUAUUGGUUGCCAUAAAAGACGUGAGUAUCUCAUCAAACGGAGAACUGUAAAAAGCACGUAAUUUUUAAAAACUUAUUAAGUAAAUAGAAUAAAUUAAUUUGUCAAAUUAUAUACCACUUUAAAAUAAUUGUACGUGAAAAAAUAUUUAUUCUCAUA